UCAGAUGAACAUGGUACAGAAACGAAACACAUUUAGUUAAUUUCUCGACAGAUUAAAACAGAGUUUCAAAAAAGAGAGUGAAAAUGCAGGCCAUGAAAGAAACAGCAUCAAAUAUUACCGCUUCGGCAAAGUCUGGCAUGGAGAAGACCAAAGCUGUUGCUCAAGAAAAGAUGGAGAGGAUGACAGCAGACAACCCAACAGAAAAGGAGAUAGCAACAGAAAAGAAAGAAGAAAGAAUCAACGAAGCCGAAAUGAACAAGCAAGAGACUCGAGACAAGAAUGCAGCAGCUAGACAAGGUUACUCUACUACUGGCACUGAAAAGACGCAUUCCUACUCGACAACAGGAGCCACUGGUCACCCAACUGGUGCGCAUCAGAUGUCAGCAUUGCCGGGCCAUGGCAGUGGCCAACCGGCUGGACAGGUGGUAGAAGGUGUGGUGAAGUCUCAUCCCAUUGGAACUGCCACUGGAACUCAAAGAUCUUCCACUGCACAUAAUACACAUGUUGGUGGUGGGGUUAACAGUGGCUAUGGCACUGGCGGUUCUUAUAGUUAGAAUUUCUGAUUUCUUCACUGUAGUUAAUUGUAUUAAAGUAGCUCGGUCUAAUUUGUUGUCUUUUCUUUCUUUGUUAUGAAUGAUGCAUCUUUCUUUUUUAAAGUUUCAAUAUUAAUGCAAAUGAUGUUAGGGGUGUACGUGAGUUUUUACUUAGAGAACUCUUUUGUCAUUUGGUAAAAAUAUGUAUGUUCGAGAGAGAACUGCGAAUUUUUAUUUA